AAGAAAAAAGGAUAAAAUGAGCUAAUUUUUAUGUACUAGUUUUAGUUUUUUAUGAAAUAAUCAUUAAUCAAUAUAUUACAUUUUUAAAGAAGAUAUAUGAAUAAUGGAUGCUAUCUAAUUUAUUUCGAUUACUAUGUUAGACAACUAAUGUAACAUUUCUAUAGUUUUAUGUAUUCAAAGCCGGUAUUUACAAGUUUUACUGAUUAGUUUCUCACCAGUUUCUUUCUGUAACCAGUUUGUAAAAUGGAUUUUAGUUCUUUAAACCCGAUCACAUCCAAUGCGCUUAAUCUUGCUGCAAGAAAUAAUGAUGUAAAAGCGGUCGAAAGAUUACUUAAAAAAAUUAACCCGAACUGCAUCGACAAUCGAGGCUGGACGUGUCUUCAUGAAGCUGCAGCAAAUGACAGUUAUCAAAGUCUACAGUUAAUUUUAAAACACAAGUAUAUUAGACCUUUAGUAGAAACUCACGAAGGCCAUACCGCGCUCUAUCUAGCAUGUCGGUACAAGAGUUCCAUCCAGACGAUAAAAGCCAUCCUGGAAAGUGUGCCUGACAUAGCUAACUACGGAAGUACUGAAGAUGUUACGCCUCUGCAUAUUUCAAGUGCCCAAGGUAGGGUGGAAGUGAUACAGCUGUUAUUAGAUUAUGGAGCUAUAAUUGAUGUUCAAGAUUUUGAUGGAGAUACUCCUUUGCAUGAUGCUGCACUUGGCCAACAAUAUGAUGCUGUGGCUGCAUUGUUACAUGCAGGAGCUGAUCCAGAAAUUAAAAAUGAGGCUAAUUAUGUGCCAUUUCAUCUAGCAUGCUACAAAGGAUGUUUUGAAACUGUAAAAAAUUUAUAUUCAUUUAUUAAUGAUGUUAAUGAAGUCACAAUGAAUGGUGAUAGCCCCCUCAUUUUAGCGACACAAGGUUGUAAUGAUGAAAUUGUUAAAUUUCUGUUACAAAGAGGUGCAGAUCCCCAUAUAAAAAAUAAAUAUGGAGACCUAGCAUUAACAAUGGCUUUGAAUAUGGGACAUAGUUCAAGUUUUAAAAUAUUACUCACGGUCACAGAUCUAAAGAAAAUUGAUCAAAAUAUAAUAUUAUAUGCUUGCAAGCCCCAUUAUUUCAAAUUAGAAAUACUCGAAAGUCUUUUGACACAUGAUAUAGGACCAGAUUUUUUUGAUUUUUAUGAACAGUUUCAUGUCACACUAGAACAAAUUGGUGAAUUUCAGCCUUCAUAUAUUACAAAUGCACCCAUAAAUUCAUAUUUGAACAUUUGCGAAUAUAUUUAUCAGCAGUCUCAGGAUAAGUUUCAACAGUUCUUUUAUUUGUUUCUGAUGCGUGGUCUUAUGGUUGAUGCUUUGGAUAUCAAUGAGUGUCCACCUCUUGUAUACGUACAUUAUUGUAUGCACACUGCGUGCUUUAUAGAUGUAUUUCAAAUACUUAGGGAACACGGCUGCAAUGUCGAUUACUGUAGCUCCAUGUCCAACAUUAGUACAAAGAGAUUUAUACCGGAUGCUUUUCUUGCAUCUCUCACAAGUGACCCUGCUACAUCUGUUGUUAUGUUGCCGUAUAGCUUGCACUGUGAUCCUGAAUAUUUGUUACAGUUUGCCUGUAAAUAUGGAUUGUUAGGCAGAAUACCACAGCAAGUACAAGAUCAAUUAAUAGCAAUGAUUGAUGAAAAUUUGGAGGGUAUCAAUGCAGAAGCACUCUCUUACUCAACUUUACCAUUAAAGCAUUUGUGUCGGCAAAAAAUUAGGUCACUUAUAAGAAACACAAAUGGUAAUUUAUUUAGUACAAAUCAAUUUCUUAAUACUCUUCACAGAAUAGAAAUACCUCGAUGUUUAAAAGAAUAUAUACGUUUCCUUUAAGACAUUUUGUUACUUAAUAUUUGUUUAAGUUUGUUAAUUGUUUCUAAGGCUUUCUAAAUACUUCUGAUAUAGAAGGGUGAUAUUAGGGUGAUUCUUGUGCUUGUGAUAUUAGAAGGUAUGUUAUGGAAUCGGAAAUUGUAAACUUAAAUGUAAAUAUUAAAAUAAAACUGUUUAUUCCAAAUUAAAUAUUAUAUA